GUCUCAACACACCGCCGUUUUUCAUGGUCGCAAAAAUCGCCGCCGUGUGUGCUUGUUAUUUGUCCGUUUCACAGGCUUCGAAAGAGCAGCAGUACGCCGGCGAGAUCAGCACCCACUUUGCAGUUCUCCUGCAGGUGGGAGAUGGCCGCUGCUUGAUUCUCGAGCGCCGGGGGGAGGGCGGUGUGACCGCUUCCGAUGUCCACCCCUCCCAGGUAAAG